AUGAUUCCUAAUGGAUAUUUGAUGUUUGAAGAUGAAAACUUCAUCGAGUCAUCUGUUGCCAAACUAAAUGCCUUACGUAAAAGUGGUCAGUUCUGUGAUGUCCGUCUGCAGGUAUGUGGACACGAGAUGUUGGCGCACCGAGCCGUGUUAGCUUGCUGCAGUCCCUACCUGUUUGAAAUCUUUAAUAGUGAUAGUGAUUCUCAUGGAAUUUCCCAUGUUAAAUUUGAUGAUCUCAAUCCAGAGGCUGUUGAAGUUCUGUUGAAUUAUGCCUAUACUGCUCAGUUAAAAGCUGAUAAAGAACUGGUGAAAGAUGUAUACUCUGCAGCAAAGAAAUUGAAGAUGGAGAGAGUUAAGCAGGUUUGUGGUGACUAUUUGCUGUCCAAGAUGGAUGUUCAGAGUUGCAUCUCUUACCGAAACUUUGCAAGUUGUAUGGGAGACUCACGUUUGUUGAACAAGAUCGAUAGCUACAUUCAGGAACAUCUUUUACAAAUUUCAGAACAGGAAGAAUUUCUCAAACUUCCACGGUUAAAGCUUGAAGUAAUGCUGGAAGACAAUGUUGGCCUACCCAGCAAUGGCAAAUUGUACACAAAGGUAAUCAACUGGGUACAGCGCAGCAUCUGGGAGAAUGGAGACAGCCUGGAAGAUCUAAUGGAAGAGGUUCAAACGCUGUACUACUCAGCUGAUCACAAGCUGCUUGAUGGAAAUCUGCUAGAUGGACAGGCUGAGGUGUAUGGCAGUGAUGAUGACCACAUUCAGUUUGUGCAGAAGAAGCCACCACGUGAGAAUGAUCACAAGCAGAUUAGUAGCAGCUCCUCUGGAAGUCUUUCUCCAAAUGCUACUGUUCAGAGUCCUAAACACGAGUGGAAAAUCAUUGCUUCAGAGAAAACUUCAAGUAACACCUACCUGUGUCUUGCUGUUCUGGAUGGUGUGCUGUGCGUGAUAUUCCUGCAUGGCCGUAACAGCCCUCAGAGCUCUCCCACAAGCACACCACGGCUGCUGAAGAGCCUGAGUUUUGAGCUUCAACCAAGUGAUAUCAUAGAGAAGCCCAUGUCUCCAAUGCAGUAUGCUCGGUCUGGGCUGGGCACGGCUGAACUUAACGGCAAGCUGAUCGCAGCAGGUGGAUAUAACAGAGAGGAGUGUUUGCGCACAGUGGAAUGCUACGAUCCGCAAAAGGACACUUGGACUUUCAUUGCACCGAUGAGAACACCAAGAGCUCGGUUCCAGAUGGCAGUUUUAAUGGGGCAGCUGUAUGUUGUGGGUGGGUCAAACGGUCACUCGGAUGACUUGAGCUGUGGAGAAAUGUAUGAGCCAGAAAUAGAUGACUGGACUCCUGUUCCGGAGCUGAGAACCAAUCGCUGCAAUGCAGGAGUAUGUGCCCUGAACGGAAAACUGUACAUUGUUGGUGGUUCAGAUCCUUAUGGCCAAAAGGGACUUAAGAACUGUGAUGUGUUUGAUCCCAUAACAAAAUCCUGGACAAGCUGUGCUCCCCUUAAUAUCCGGAGACAUCAGUCUGCAGUGUGUGAGCUGGGUGGAUAUUUAUACAUAAUUGGAGGAGCAGAAUCGUGGAACUGCCUGAAUAGUGUGGAGCGUUACAAUCCAGAGAACAACACCUGGACCCUGAUUGCACCCAUGAACGUGGCUCGACGAGGAGCUGGAGUGGCCGUUCAUGACGGAAAGCUCUUUGUUGGUGGUGGCUUUGAUGGCUCUCAUGCAGUGAGCUGCGUGGAGAUGUACGACCCUGCUAAGAAUGAGUGGAAGAUGAUGGGAAGCAUGACUACUCCGAGGAGCAAUGCCGGGAUUACCACGGUGUCAAACACUAUUUAUGCAGUUGGGGGGUUUGAUGGCAAUGAAUUCUUGAACACAGUUGAAGUCUACAAUCCAGAGUCAAAUGAAUGGAGCCCCUACACAAAAAUUUACAAGUUUUAAGUGAAUUAAAAUCCCUUUUCAAACUAACAGGCUUAGUGAUGUAAUUGUGUUUUAGUAGAGGUACACAUGUGAAUAGGGUUGGGGAGGGCAGAGAUGUUGCCAACAGCAACACAGAGCUUUUGCAUAUUGCAUAUUAAUGUGCUGUACAUAUUUGUUUUGGAAAGAAUAUCAAGAUGAAGGGUUUUUUUGUGUAUUUUAGAACUUUGUUUUAGGGUUUUUUUAAGGUUUUUGAAGAUAAUGCAAGAGAGACUAGACUGGGCAUAUCAUUUCAGGAGCUUCCCCCAGUGUUUGUUUUGUCACUUUGCACAUUAAAUGACUUUUCCUGUAGGAUGUGUUCUUGGGGCAGGAAGUGUAAAGGUUAUGGGGGAUAAUUUUUUUUCAUCAGGCCUUGUUUUCCUUCAGUAACUGGAACAAUCUGUAACAAGAAGCCUUAUUUAAAUAGAUAUAAUGGCUAUUUUUUUUAUUAAAAAAAGCUGACAUGCCUGCCAAUACCUUAUCUUUUAUGAUUGCCUUUUUAUAACAGUUUUUAUAUACUCAACAGAGUAUUUUAUCUGUUGAGAUGAAAAUGGCAGAUAAAUGGUUAUGGAAGCAAAGAGACAACCUUGGAGUUCAUAGCGACUGAGUGGAACAACCGGUUUACCACCGUAGGUGAGCUUCUGAGCUUUUGCCUCUGCCGCAGUAGUGUAACUUAGUCUGCAACACGUCCAUUAGAGCUGAAUGGAGUUUCUGAACAUAACAUAGCUGUGACU